AUGUGCCUAAUUUCCAUUGGGUGGCAGUGCAACCUCGUUAAACAGAACUCUAGGUUAAGCCCGGCCCCUGACGAAUAUAGCAAGGGGGCAAAUGGAGAUGUACAAUACUUUUUUGGAAGUGAACUUGACUCCCAGAUGUAUGACAUAUUUGAAUUGAACACAUUAACGGGAGAAAUUCGUAUAACUGGUCAUGUUGAUUUUGAGAAUGCCGAAGUGUAUAAAUUAGACGUCCAUGCCUCGGAUAAAGGACAACCACCAAUGAGUACGGACUGCAGGGUUAUCAUCAAAGUACUGGAUGUUAACGAUAACAAACCUGAUAUAGAGGUCACAUCCCUGUCAAGCGUAGUCUCAGAGGGUUCAAAACCAGGGGCAGUCGUUUCUUUGAUCAGUAUUACCGAUAAAGACGCAGGAAAUAACGGCAGAGUUGUAUGCAGUCUAUCAGAAAAUGUGCCAUUUGAGUUGAAGCCCUCAUUUCAAGAUAAUAUGUAUUCGUUAGUAACAAAACAGCGGCUGGAUAGAGAAUCCGUCUCGGAAUAUGACAUCACAAUAACAGCGACUGACUCUGGCGAACCCGCCCUGUCCACGUUCAAAACUUUACACAUUCAGGUGUCGGAUGUAAACGAUAAUAGUCCGGAAUUCCCGCACGAUCCAGUGGAUGUUUACCUGUUUGAAAACAAUGUCGCCAGCGCUUCGAUUUUCUUCGUUAGUGCUUUCGAUAAGGAUUUAAAUGAAAAUGCUGCAUUAUCUUAUAAUUUGGUUAGAGGAGAACGGAAACUGGGAGAUUUAUCGUCCUUCUUGAAUGUUAAUUCGGAAAAUGGUCACAUUUCUGCGCUCCAAAGUUUUGACUUCGAGAAGUUGAAAACAUUUCAGUUCCAAGUUCUCGCUGCGGAUUCUGGGACGCCAUCACUCAGUAGCCAAGUUACGGUGAACGUAUUUCUUCUGGACCACAACGACAACCCUCCGGUUAUCUUACAUCCGAUCAGCUCUAACGGUUCUGCUGAGGGAGUAGAGGAGGUUCCUCGCAAUGUUCCUGCAGGCCACCUGGUGACUAAAGUGAGAGCCUACGAUGCUGAUAUAGGAUACAACGGCUGGCUGUUAUUCUCACUACAGGAAGUGAGUGACCACAGUCUCUUUGGUCUGGAUCGCUAUACUGGACGGAUAAGAACAAUGCGCUCAUUCACAGAGACAGACGAGGCUCAACAUAAACUGGUCAUACUGGUCAAAGACAAUGGGAACGUGUCACUCUUAGCAACAGCUACUGUGAUUGUCAAGCUCGUGGAGCCCAAAGAGGCCAUUUCAGCUUCUGAUGUGAAAAGUGUUUCAAAUAAUGAUAAUGACACCAAUGUGACUUUGUAUUUGAUGAUAACUUUAGGAACAGUUUCUACUCUUUUUAUCUUCAGCAUCAUUGUGCUGAUUGCAAUGCAGUGCUCUAAAACCACGGACGUAUCCACCAAGUAUUUACCAGAAACAAACUAUGACGGAACUCUGUGUCACAGCAUCCAGUACAGAUCUGGAGAGAAACGCUACAUGUUAGUUGGACCCAGAAUGAGUAUAGGCUCUACUAUAGUCCUGGGGAGCAAUGGGAACACUCUAGUGGUCCCUGACAGGAGGAGCACAUCUGUAGAGGUAAGAAAUGUUUAA